GAUUGUCCACAAUAUGGUUAUCCACUCCCGCGGGAAUGAUAACGGCUGGAUAGAAAAAUUAACAGGCAAAAGUAAAGCCGCGAAAGGUCAGGAGCCCAUUAAUGGCGGUUAUUCUUCCUUCAUCAACUCUCCUUUGCCAAGCUUUCCUCUCUUUCUCUUCCCAGUAUCCAUGUAAAUCACUGAAUCCCUCUCUCAUCUUCUACGCCAAAGAUCGUGCUCUCGUUCGCUGCUCGGCCAAGAAGAAAAUAAGCUUCGUGGAUCAAAUUCUUGACUACAUUGAAGGUGGUCCCAAGUUGAGAAAAUGGUAUGGGGCACCUGAUCUACUUCCAAAAGAUGGAUCUUCUACAGAAGAAGAUGAUGACUUUUCAGAAGAAGAGGAAGCAAGGGAUAAAAUUCUAGUCACAGAUGGAGAUAGUGACAUUGGUCAGAUGAUAAUUCUGUCAUUGAUUGUCAAACGAGCUCAAAUUAAAGCAUUGGUGAAGGAUAGGCGGACUGCUAUGGAAGCCUUUGGAACUUAUGUUGAGUCAAUUACUGGAGAAGCAAGUAACAAGCUAUUCCUAAAGAAGGCUCUUCGAGGAGUUCGCGCAGUUAUAUGCCCAAAUGAAGGCUUUCUGUCUAAUAUUGGAAGCUUGAAAGGUGUAAAUCAUGUAAUCCUACUGUCCCAGUUGUCUGUUUAUAGAGGUAGCAGUGGCGUUCAAGCUCUCAUGAAAAGUGGUGCAAGAAAAUUGGCUGAGCAAGAUGAAUCAACACUCAUAGCCUCGGGAAUUCCUUAUACCAUCAUCAGAGUUGGCAUGCUACAGAAUACUCCUGGUGGAACACAAGGUUUCAAUUUUGAAAAGGGUUGCGCAGAGAAGGGAAGUCUUAGCAAAGAGGACGCAGCCUUCAUUUGCAUGGAAGCUCUUGAUGUGGUCCCAGAAGCAGGAUUCAUCCUUGAGGUGGUCAAUGGAGAUGAAAAGGUCUCAAAUUGGCAAGAGUGUUUAAGCAGAUUGAUGGAAAAAGCAAAGCAGUAGCUUCCAAGAAGUUUCCUUUUUUUCUUUCUUUUCAAUUUUUAGUUGGUGUUACUUUCAGUUAUUAAUUAUACAAAAAAAACAAUUUGAACAAAUUUGUAUGUUUUUUAUAUAGAAAUUACAUAUUCUUAACAUGUCUUAUUAUUGCUGUUAACAAUUCUGCCAGCAGCUAAAACAAUUUUAUUUGUCCGUGUUGAUCUUUA